UCUUUCCUUCAUCAUGGCGGUGAGUGAUGUUAAGAAACCCACUGAGAAAAAGGUCGAAAAGAAGACCACAAAAAAUUGAAAAAGGAGCCGAAAGACGCAUCUAAAAAUGUGAUGCGUGAAGUUCGCAUUCGCAAACUCUGUUUGAAUAUUUGUGUAGGUGAAUCUGGUGACAGACUCACACGUGCUGCCAAGGUAUUGGAGCAAUUAACUGGACAGCAACCAGUUUUCUCCAAAGCAAGGUAUACCGUUCGUUCUUUCGGUAUACGUCGUAAUGAAAAAAUAGCUGUGCACUGUACUGUGCGAGGCGCUAAAGCAGAAGAAAUUCUGGAAAGAGGACUGAAGGUCCGAGAAUAUGAACUGAGAAAGGAGAAUUUCUCCGGUACUGGAAAUUUCGGUUUUGGUAUCCAAGAACAUAUUGACUUAGGAAUUAAGUAUGACCCAAGCAUUGGUAUUUAUGGAUUAGACUUCUAUGUUGUACUUGGACGCCCAGGUUUUAACGUAGCCCAUAGGAGAAGGAAAACUGGAAAAGUCGGUUUCCAACACAGACUUACUAAAGAAGAUGCAAUGAAAUGGUUCCAACAGAAGUAUGAUGGUAUUAUUAUAGCCGGAAAGAAGUAAUAUACACAUCUUGUAUCUUACAAUUCUUUCAUAAAAAUUUUCAAAACAAA